AUGGGGCUGAAGAAGCCCCGGCGCGGCCCCAGGUGCUCCGCCUGCGGCGACUGCCUCGGCGAGGGCGCAGCGCCCAUCUCGUUCCUCGCCUACUGCCGCCACGAGCCGGUGAUACUCUUCCACCACCUCUUCAUCGGCGGCUUCGGGUUCCUCGUGAUAGUGUACCUUCGCGGCGGCUUGGGCGACUGCGUCUUCGGCUUCGUCUAUCUCAUGGAGCUGUCCACGCCGUUCGUCUCCUUCCGCGGCAUACUCUCCCGUAUGGGGCUCAAGUCUUCGCGCGCGUACCUUCUUAACGGGCUGGCGAUGCUCGCCACGUUCUUCGUCUGCCGAGUGCUGAGCCUGCCCUACGUGUGCCUGAUGUACAGCCGGGUCAUCGGCCUGCCCUACUUCGAGGCCAUUAGAUCACUGCCGACCGGUUGCAAGGUGUCGAUAUGCAUCCUGCUGCUGCCGCAGCUGUACUGGUUCUACCUGAUGUCGGCGGGCGCGGUGAAGGUGUUCCUCGGCGGGGCGAAGCCCGGGGCGAAGGCGGGCGCUCCGCUGGCGGCCGGCGACAACGGCAAGCGCAGC